UCAACAAAAUUCCUCUCUCAUCAAAACUCCUAAAAAUCCAGACUACAUUCAAUACACUGACACCAAAAACUUCUUCAGCGAACAACUGCUCGUUUCUCAACACCUCUCUCAAAUCGUCGACCCAAUUAGCGCCAAGGAAAACGAAAAAACUGAAAUUAAUCCCUGCCGGAGGAGCAAGCUCCGAGGAUGUUUCAUUAAUUCUCCGCGGAAAUCGAGGUUUCCGCCUCAGGAUUUGGGUUCGCGGCCGGGAAAUGGGCUGGAGGUAUAGGAUUGGUUUAGGGCUGAUUUUAACGGCGGUUGUUAUAUGGGUUACUUCCGCGGAAAUUACUCAGAGGAUCUUCAGUGAAUAUAAACAUCCUUUUGCACUCUCUUACUUAGGGGUGUCUCUAAUGGUGGUAUAUCUACCAGUGGCAGUUGUCAGAGACUUGAUUUUCAGUUUAUUAAACCCAGAUUUACCAAACAACCACCCUGAUAAUGGUGGCUCUGUUUUGAGCUCUUCUAUUGGACUUGACUUUCCUUUGAGAUUUAAUGAAGCUCAUAACAGUUUGGAUGAAGGCAUGGGAAGCUGCCUAAUUAGUGACAAAGAUUUGAGUGAAAGGGAAGAGGGACAGCCUUUGAUUCCUAAGAUUGAACCAAAAAAUGAAGUUAGUUCAUGGGAAAUUGCUAAAUGCAGCCUUUUUCUUACUCCCUUGUGGUUCACUACAGAGUAUUUUUCGAACUCGGCCCUGGCAAAUACCAGUGUCGCAACUGCAACCAUCUUAAAUUCCACGUCGGGCCUGUUUGCCCUUCUGUUUGGAGCCGUUCUUGGACAAGAAUCCAUAACCAUUUCCAAGGUGGUAGCUGUUCUCAUUAGCAUGGCUGGGGUUGCCAUGACAACCUUGGGAAAAACUUGGGCAACAAAUGAGUACCUAAUCAUCUCUGAGUCUAGAGGGCGAACCGUCAUGGGGGACAUGUUCGGUCUUCUAUCUGCAGUAACAUAUGGAUUAUUUACUGUACUGCUCAAGAAAUCAGCUGGAUCAGAAGGAGACAAGAUUGAUGUGCAAAAGUUCUUUGGAUAUGUUGGUCUCUUUACUAUAUUGGGCCUUUGGUGGCUUGUGUGGCCUCUAACUGCCGUGGGCAUUGAACCUCCUCUCAAGUUUCCUGCCUCAAAAUCCGUCACCGAAAUUGUGCUUUUAAAUGGCUUUGUUGGGAGCGUUGUGUCAGAUUACUUAUGGGCCCACUCUGUGAUUUGGACUUCUCCAUUAGUUGCUACCCUGGGCAUGUCAUUGACAAUUCCUCUAGCUAUGCUGGCCGACGUUGUAUUGCACGGCCGUCGCUACUCCGCUCUUUACAUCCUGGGUUGCAUUCAGGUAUUUGCUGGAUUUUUCUUGGUGAAUAUUUCAGACAAGUUCUCUGCCUAGGGCAAACCAGGUACAGUGAGUGGUGAAUCCUGUGAAGAAGAGAGGGUGUACAUAGAUUUGGUGCAGGCGGCCAUUGAAGUAUGAGAUGUAUUAGAAUGUAACUACUUUUUUAACUGUACAAAUGUAAAUACUUAAUGCUCAUCUAUCGGAACAUUUUUUCAGUCUCUACCCUUUGCUUUUGUGCAACUUUGAAAUAUGACAAGUUUCCUUGGUAGUUGUAUCACUUCACCUCACCUA